CCUCUUUCGCGAGAUGCGCGAAGUCAGCAGUGUCUACUUCCACUUCCGCUUCCUAAUUGAUGCAUACAUACAUAUAUAUCGAAUUGUUCCACAGAGACAAGCCAGCCAGAUAUCCAGCUCUACAAGAAAAAACAAUCGUCACAAUCAAAGUUCAAUAACAUCACUGAACAAAAGCCGAUUGCUCAUCUAUCUCCACAUAAGUACUAAAAACAUACAUCUAUUUUAACCUUUUAUACCCCUCACCUCCUCACAAACCAAUCCAAUGGCGACUCAAAGACGAACACCCUACGACCGUAUCGCCGCCGGCGAAGAAAAAGAAGCAGAAUUCAAACCUGCUGCUGGAGGGAAGAGUAAUAUUGCUCCUGCUGUUCCUGCACAUGUAAUCUUCAAACUCCUCGGGUUCACCCUCGCCAUGAUCGUCGUUCCAAUAGGUUCCUAUUUCCUAACUCUAAAUUCCAUCUUUCGAGGAAACUCCACCUUUGCCGGCGCCACCGCCGCCAUAAUGGCCAACGUCGUCCUCAUCGGCUACGUAAUCGUCGCCAUGAGAGAAGAUCAGAGCGAAGCACUUGAAGCCGCCGCGAAGGAAGAGGAAUCCAAAAAGUCUUUGUAGACGAGGAACUUUGUCCGAGUCUUAUACGAGCACUUUCCUGCAAGCCUCAUCCUCGGGAAUCUUUCCCUCGUCUUACAUAACACAAGAGAUCUCUCUUGCACCUCCCACACAACAAAACUCCCUCGUCAAAUCUCUCCACAAACAGAAAAAAAAAAAAUUUCUCCCUUCAUUACCUACCUACACGAGUAUACAAAUCCCGACUUUCAUCUAUCUAUCUAUCUAUCCAUCUUUCUCAAAAAAGACUUUCAGGAGUUUCUCUCAUAGCUCAUCUUUUUCCUAUCAAUCAUCAUAAAUCCUACGGAAGAAACAAAAGGUCAAAUCACAUCAAAUCAAAUCAGUUGACCAUGACCACAAAGAUAGUGGUGGAUAAAGAUCGCGAGACGGUGGACGAAGAAAACUCAUAUAUCGAAGUACACUAGGUACCGGUCAUGCAUAUUUGAAAACGUUACGAUCAUGAGAAUCCAUGGAUGACUUUGGUUGUGUGAAGAAUGAUCACAUCAAAAUAAGUCAUGUGUCAGUCAUCUUUUAGAGGAAAAACAAAACAAAUAAUCACAUCACAAAGGCCAAGUGAUAAUAGGGGAGAUAAAAUCAUGAAUAUGCC